CAUUCGCACGUAGUGGCAGCUCAGGCACAGUUGUAUAACCUAUUCGUCUUUUUUAUUGGCAAUUGAAGUAGUUUCAACUCGUCACAAAACAAACUGAAACAAUGGCUGGUGAACAAGAGAAACUGACCGGCUUGUCCAAAAUCUUCAAUGGCAAUACUAUGUCCGGCCGUGCCAAUGUGGCCAAGGCUACUUACGCAGUCAUGGGCCUGCUCAUCGCUUACCAGAUCCUGAAGCCAAAGAAGAAGUAGAUGACGUACUCUAAUUUGUGCAGCCUAUUAGACGUACUCGGGCUCCUGGCUUCCAGUAACUGGCGGCAGGUGCAGGAGCCAUGUAUAUUUUACAUAUGUGUAGUGCAACAUCUUAAAGGAAUAAACAAUUUAAAAAUCUAGUACACGGAAA